UUUCCUAGAGGAAAAAAAAAGGUCGGCACUCCUGCCCGCGCGGCCGCUCAAACACAGACGAGGGAAGGCAAGGACGCCCAAAAAUCCCAAGGUUUUCGCCUCUCGAAGCGCGCCAAGAACACCCGGAGCAGCUCGCCGGCGUCGCGGCGGAGGUACGAAAGCGGGGCCGUAUACUAUUACGGAUCCUGAAUCCUAAAGGCUAAGGGCGCGCCUUUCGCAGGCAAGGCGAUGGCGGAUGAGAAUCAGGCUGGAAAGAAAGAGGAGGAGGAAUUUAGCACAGGUCCUCUGUCUGUCCUAAUGAUGAGUGUUAAGAACAACACCCAGGUGCUCAUCAACUGCCGCAACAACAAGAAGCUACUUGGUCGUGUUCGUGCGUUUGACCGUCACUGCAACAUGGUGCUCGAAAACGUGCGGGAAAUGUGGACAGAGGUCCCCAAGACUGGCAAGGGUAAGAAGAAGGCUCUACCCGUAAACAAGGACAGGUUCAUCAGCAAGAUGUUCCUCAGGGGCGACUCCGUCAUCAUCGUGCUGAGGAACCCAAAGUGAGCGUCCAACAAGUCACCUUGCAGCUCUGCUCUUGCUGUGUGCUUGGGGAAGCCAUUUGUCUCUGUUGAACAUUGUAGCUUAAGUAUGUUUUGGAGGAUUAACUGGUAGUCUGGAACCGGCGCUCAUGUGGCAUGGUGAUGGCGCAUGAACACACUUUUCAUUAGUUGUUAGCUGGAGUAUGUACCAACUGCAGUAUUUUGAUCACGGAAUGUUGAGCUUGCGCUUC